CAUCAACCUAACCUUAACCAGUAUUGACCAGUAUCAUGCGUGAGACAGAACGCGUUUCAAUGUAAUUUUGUGAGAUGAAGUGACGUUUAUUUUUCCAAAAUUUUUUCUUUUGUGAAAAACGCGUUGAACCUAAUUUCGUCAAAUUAGUAUUAAGGUAGCUAAUCCAAAUACCGAAAAAAUUUCUUUACUUAAAAAUCACGAUUUGUAUAAUUGUCAGUCAACUACAGUUAUAUCUUUUUAACCUAAAAAUGAUACAAGCAUACAGAAACAUGAUACGUACUUUACUUUUCACAUGGCAAUCUGUGUCUGUAACACCAAAAGCUGGUUUGAAGACCUUUCCUCCGCCAAUAAAAUAUGGAGAUAUUGAAUAUCCGGAACGAUCAAGACUCAAAAUAAUGGAGAAAGUCCCACAGUUUCCACCAGGAAUGCGACCUCCUAAAAUGCAAAAGCGAUUAAGGUACAUGCGGGGUCCAGAGCUUGUACAUAACUUCCUUAUGUACAAACAAUUUGGUAUUAUUGCUACAUCAGGAGGUAGAUUGAAACACGGUCACUUCGAGAUGAUGCGUUUAACAAUCGGUAGAAAACUCGAUCAAAGCAGGAUGUUUGCAAUUUGGCGUGUAGACCCACCAUGGCAACCAGUUACAAAAAAGGGACAAGGACAUCGUAUGGGUGGAGGUAAAGGUUCUAUUGACCACUAUGUCACUCCCAUUAAAGCAGGACGAGUCAUUGUUGAAAUCGGUGGCCAUUGUGAAUAUUUCGAGGUAAAGAAAGUAUUGACUCAAGUAGCAAAUCAACUACCAUUCAAAGCCAGAGCCGUCAGUCAAGAGAUUUUAGAUAAAGAAGCAGCUAAAGAGAAAUGGUUGGAAGAAAACAAUCAACACCUUUGGACUUGGAAAUACAUGAUUCAAAAUAAUAUGCUGGGUUGCGAAAGAUGGAUAUCACCGGUUGAUAAGUUAUGGUUUAACAAAUAUCUUUAAAUAAUAAAAAAAUAUCUAAGAAA